ACAGUAAGGGGAGUGGCUCUCCACUGGUACAGCCUGAAGACAGAGCCAGCAGACCCAUGCUUGGAAUGGCUGAGUGGUCUGUGUGGUGGGCUUUCAGGCUGGUGGAGAAGGUGGAGCUUAGUUGUAAACUGGAGCUCUUCCAUUUUGUAAGACGGAAUGGAGGAGAAACGGGUAGCAAGGAGUUGACAGUUGAUUAUUUCUGUCAACUGAAGAAAAAUAAAGCCUAACUUUCCUUUCCCCUGCCUCUGUCAUGUGGGUGCUGUGGAACUAGCUAGCUAGCCUCAAGGGAAGAGUGUUUGUGAUGAACACUUCCAGAAACAGCAGAAAGGUGGAAAGUGUUUCAGUAGCUCUCUGUGGUAGGAGGUGGAGGUGAGAUGUUGCUCUUCCGAAAAUGGAGAAAAGAUGGGAUAAAAAAGCUCAAGAACUAAUAUUAAGACAAAAGGCCUUAAAGAUGGGCUGGUGUCUGAGAGGUCAAAAUAAGAAUCUCCCCGUUGUACAAAUGAAAAAUCACUUUUUUAUUGUCCUUUCAAGAUAGGGUCUCCAUGUAGCCAUGGCUUUCUUGGAACUCACUUUGUAAACCAGGCUGGUCACAAACUCAUAGAUAUCUGCCUGCCUCUGCCUCUCAAAGUACUGGAACUAAAGCUUUGGAUACCUGGAUAUCUGAUUAUGAAGGUCUCUUUCAAAGCAGUGGAUGACGGGGACAAACAAAGAAAAAUAGAGAGCCAAGUGUAGUGGCUCACCUGGUAAUGCUAGCUCUUGAGAGGCUGAGGCAGGAGGAUUACAUGAGUGUGAAGCCACUACUCUGGCCUAUACAGUUUAAGGUCGACUCAGAUGGAGGAUGAUAGAUGGUGACCUGAAGUAGAAACUUAAAGGUUUUUUAAAAGUCAGUUGUGUUGAAUGGUGUUUUGCUGGGGCAAACAUGUGAAAGAACAUUGUGAUGAAGUGGAUGGAGGAAAAAGGCUAAGACAGACUCGUGAAGGAAUUAUGAAAAGAUGUUCUGCUAAAACAAACAUGUAAAAGGACAUGUGAUGGAAGAUUCUUUGGUAACGACACAUGGUGAGACAAAACCCAUAAGGAACACCUGAUGUUUGGAGGAAGAAUAAAUAGAACUCAAAGGACAGUGAGGACAGUGAUGGAGGCUGAGCUUGGCUUGCUUACAUAACUAUACAAUGCUUGUUGGUCUCAUGUCUUCACUGAUCUUCGCUUUGCUGAGAGAAGCACAGCUCAGAACUUCUCUUGACAUCCCUCCUGGUCCCUCCUGCUGACUGCCCAGGCUGAGGCCUGUGACUCUGCUAGGUAGUGCCACCACCUGCUGAUUCAUGUUUGCUGUCCCAACUCUACCACACUGGACUGCUGGUGAAUUUGUGAAGUAUUGGCAAGUGGAUUGAGCUGCUGCUGCUGACUUGUAAACCAAACUGCCGAUAAUUUCCAGACAACACGAUGAGAAUUGCUCCAAACAGCCAUUUCUCAACAGACAAUCUGCUUCUUCUUGAUUGAGCAGCAUUCCAAACUGUGGUACCCCUGGGCUCUCUUCACAUUGCUGUGGUGCAGAAGAUUUAAAAUCAGCUGAUGUUCACAAGGAAUAGAGUCACGUGAUGUAUGAAGGGAAACAUAUACACUUCUCUGAGGUUGACAAUAAGCCCUUGUGCUCAUAUAGCCCCAAACUGUGCAAGCAGCGGCGACUCAACGGCUACGCUUUCUGUAUCAGACACGUUCUGGAAGACAAGACUGCCCCCUUCAAGCAAUGUGAAUAUGUGGCCAAGUAUAACAGCCAGCGCUGCACCAACCCCAUUCCCAAGUCAGAGGAUCGCAGGUACUGCAACAGCCACUUGCAGGUACUCGGCUUUAUCCCGAAAAAAGAGAGGAAGAAAAAGAAUGACCCGGUAGAGGAGGUGAAGGUCAGGCACCAGAUGGAUGCCAUGGCGUUUAGCCUGACGGUACCUACCCUGGCCUUGAAGAUGCCCAAUGGACUGGAUAGCAUGUCCCUCUCUCCACCUGGGGCAAGGGUUCCUCUCCACUACCUGGAAACUGAGUUGGAAGACCCCUUUGCUUUCAACGAGGAAGACGAUGACCUAAAGAAAGGGGUGACUGUGAGAAAAAAGCUGCAGAGCAAGUUGGCUCAGAACCGGCAACGCCAGAGAGAGACAGAGAUUUUAAAAGUUCGGCAAGAGCACUUUAGCACCCCUCCCACACCUCCACAGCAGCAUGCCCACCUGUCACCUCUACCUACUUCUUUAAAACCUCCAGCGCCACCACAGGGCUCAGUCUGCAAGUCACCUCAGCCUCAGAGCACCAGCCUACCAAUGCAGGGAGUGGCCCCCACCACACACUCUAUAGCACAAACAAGGCAGGCCUCUCACAAGAGGCCUCUGCCCCUCCUUCCCUCCAGUCGAGCUCCCGUCUCAGACACCCCCAGGACUGACCGAAUCCUCAUGAAAGCCACCGCCUUCUCUCCACACUUCUCUUGUAUAAGCCGACUGCAGAGACUGGUGAAACUGUGUACCCAAAAGCAUCAGCUGGACGCGGAUCUGUUUCCUCACUUAGGGCUGGACUGGUCUGAGGAGAGCGGAGAGGAGCUGGAGGAUUCAGAUCAGGCUUCACCAUAUCAGGUCGCAUGGUCCGUCCGAGAAACCCUCAGACAGGAAAGACACACGUCAGAUGACGACGAUGCGGAGAGCAGGAGCUCCAGGGUGACCCAACUUUGCACUUACUUUCAGCAGAAAUACAAGCACCUCUGCCGCCUGGAGCGGGCAGAGUCUCGACAAAAGAAAUGCCGGCAUACGUUUAGGAAGGCGCUGCUGCAGGCAGCCAGUAAGGAGCCCGAAUGCACUGGUCAGCUGAUACAAGAACUUCGGAGAGCUGCGUGUAGCCGAGACAGCCUCAGCCAGACCAAGUUGAAGGAGGUGGAGCCAGCAGCUUGCAGUGGAACAGUGAAGGGUGAACAGUGCACAAACCAGGCCCUGCCCUUCACCAGGCAUUGUUUCCAGCACAUCCUCUUGAACCGUUCUCAGCAGCUGUUCUCCAGCUGCACUGCCAAGUUUGCAGACGGACAGCAGUGCUCUGUGCCAGUGUUUGACAUUACACACCAGACGCCCCUGUGCGAAGAACAUGCCAAAAAGAUGGAUAAUUUCCUGAGAGGAGAUAACUCCCGUAAAGUUCAGCACCAGCAACAGAGGAAACCUAGGAAAAAAACAAAGCCCCCUGCACUUACCAAAAAACACAAGAAGAAGAGACGGCGUGGACCUCGUCGACCCCAGAAGCCCAUCCCUCCUGCAGUGCCCCAAGGGAAUCUCAGCAUGCCCACCAGCGUCUCACUGCCAGUGCAGGCCUCCCAGAUCCGAAGCCCUUCCACGCCAGAGCUGAGUGCUGACGAGUUGCCGGAUGACAUUGCCAAUGAGAUCACUGACAUUCCGCACGACUUGGAAUUGAACCAGGAAGACUUUGCAGAUGUCCUGCCGCGGCUGCCGGAUGAUUUACAAGACUUUGAUUUUUUUGAAGGAAAGAAUGGAGACCUCCUCCCGACCACUGAAGAAGCUGAAGAGCUUGAGCGGGCCUUGCAAGCUGUAACUUCUCUCGAGUGCCUGAGUACAAUUGGGGUACUUUCCCAGUCAGACGGUGUGCCAGUCCAGGGCUUGUCAGAUAGAGGGAUGGGGGUGUUCUCCACGGGUACCGAUGCUUCGGGAAUCCAGUCCUUGAGUCGAGAAGUAAACACGGAUCUAGGGGAGCUACUGAACGGACGUAUAGUGCACGAUAGCUUUUCUAGUCUAGAGCUGGACGAGAACCUACUCCAUUCUGCUACUCUGUCCAACCCACCUACACCCCUGGCAGGGCAGAUCCAGGGGCAGUUCUCUGCCCCAGCCAGCGUUGGCCUUACUUCUGCCACUCUGCUCAGCCAGAGUGCACUUGGGGAGAGAGCCUUCCCAGGACAGUUUCAUGGACUUCAUGAUGGCAGCCAUGCCUCUCAGAGGCCACAUCCUGCCCAGCUGCUGAGCAAGGCAGACGACCUUAUCACCUCACGACAGCAAUACAGCAGUGAUCAUUCACACUCCUCACCCCAUGGAAGCCAUUAUGAUAGCGAGCACGUGCCGUCGCCCUACAGUGACCAUAUCACCUCUCCCCACACAUCUUACUCUGGUGAUAAUAUGGCAGCUACCUUUUCAGCAGAGAUGCCCAUCAUGGCCCAGCACUUGCUCCCCACCCAGCUUGAGGUGCCACUUGGAGGAGUGGUCAACCCCAGAACUCACUGGGGCAAUCUCCCCGUCAACCUUGGCGAUCCCUCUGCAUUUAGCAACCUCCUUGGCGCGGAUGGACACCUUCUUUCCACUUCCCUCUCCACGCCACCCACCACAUCCAACUCAGAGACCACACAGCCUGCCUUCGCCACCGUUACCCCAAGCAGUUCCAGUGUGCUUCCGGGGUUACCACAGACCAGCUUCAGUGGCAUGGGGCCUUCUGCUGAACUAAUGGCCUCCACCUCUCCCAAGCAGCAACUCCCACAGUUCAGCGCAGCCUUCGGCCACCAGCUGAGUUCUCACAGUGGCAUUCCUAAGGACCUGCAGCCCAGCCACAGCUCCAUAGCCCCUCCUACAGGCUUCACAGUAACAGGUGCCACGGCUACAAGUACCAAUAAUGCAUCUCCCCCCUUCCCCACCCCCAACUGAGCGAGUCUGUGCUUGCCGGCAGGUGGAACCCGGUGUUUUCUAUCUUUGUUUCCUCUUUUGCACCCCUCUCUCCUUUUCCUACAGAAGAUUUAAAAAUGACAGUGGGGAUUAGAGGGACGCCCCUUCCCGGUUCAACAGGUGGCCGUGCAGUGGACCUUGCGUCAGUGUUCGCGCGUGCUCCCUAGCACUGGUGCUCAUUCCCUCCUGGCGGUCCGCUCAGCCUGGCGGGUCACUUGGCCUGGCAGGCUUUUUGGUGGCUCAGCACAGUGACUGGGUAGGAUUGAUUAUUUUAUUUUUUAUUUUUAUUUUUAUUUGUUUUUAUUUCAGCAAGUCCUAGAAGUGGAAGAUACCUCAAAUUACCAGUGCCCUUUACUGUCUCCUACUGUUGAGAUAAUGCUUCCCAUUCUCUAGCCAGGUUUUACAUAGGUUGUUCUGGAUGUUCUGUUGAGAUCCUGUGUAGUAGGUGGUGUGCGGACACAAAUCAAAGCUCUGACUUAGCACCAACUGCCAGAUACCACAGGGAGGCCAGGAUGCCAUUCCUAAUUAUGAUACAUUAGCUGAAAAGAACAUGGUCUCUUAACUGCCUGUGCCUGCUUGUUCAUUCGCCCUGUGUGUGUGGUGUGCAGUGCAGUAGCUGUCGCCUGUGGCUUGUCUUCUCCUCACUCCCAGAAUAAGCAUAGGCCCUUCCCCCUCCUCCUGUCUCAUGCCUUGCAAGAUUCGUCCUUCCUUCCUACUGAGUUGCUAAAGCAUCCUGAACAGAGAGGGGUGGUCUCAGAGUGAUAGCGCCUUGCUAAAGUCAGCCUGUGAGGAAAGGAGCCCAGAAGGCGGAGCUCACAUCAGUCAUGGGGAGUGUCGUGACCCCCACCUCUCUUCUAUCAUGUGCAUUUGUUUCAGAUUCCCCACUCAUGGAACACAUUUGUAAGUAGUAAUGAAAAAAAUGUUUUGGUGUGCAAAAGCAGGCUACACCAGAGAGAUUCGAAAGAUGACAUCUCCGCCUGUUUGGUCCAUCAUUGGGUCCUAGUUUUUACAUGUUUACAGUUGUGAUUCUUUGGUGAGAUUUGUGAACUGUGGAGGACACCUGUAGAACCGUGUACCAGUUGUGAAGUGAUGUGUAAUAUCAGAAGGACACACAUUUUAACAGUUCUGUCAAAGCAGAAUUUGGAAAUUAGACAUAAUUUGACUUACCUUAGGUACUUUUAAAAUAAUU